ACCAAUAAUAUCUUCUGACUUUAAUUCCCGAUGGCAAGUUGAUUUGAUAGAUUUCCAGUCUCAUCCUGAUGGGAAAUUUAAAUUCAUUAUGGUGUACCAGGAUCACCUCACGAAGUUUGUUGUUCUCAAACCCCUCGAAUUUAAGCGAGCUGAAGAGGUAGCUUAUAAGUUAUAACAUUAUAGAUAUUUUCACGUUGCUUGGAGCUCCUACUAUUUUACAAUCGGAUAAUGGACGAGAGUUUUCGAACCAAAUAGUAUCUAAUUUAAGAAACAUGUGGCCCGAAUUAAAAAUAGUACAUGGCAAACCGAGGCACAGCCAAUCUCAAGGUAGUGUAGAACGUGCUAAUCAGGAUAUUGAGAAUAUGUUGACAACGUGGAUGCAAGAUGAAAAAAACCGACACUGGAGCCAAGGACUUCGCUUCAUCCAGCUUAUGAAAAACCGAGCUUAUCAUUCUGGCAUUAAAAUGUCUCCAUAUGAAGCUUUAUUUGGCUGCAAAAUUAAAAUUGGUCUAAACACUUCAAAUUUACCACAUUAUGUAAUAAGUACGAUAGAAAAUGAAGAACAAUUAGCUGAAUUAAUCACAGAACAAGCGACAGAAAUUAAUUCAAAUGUCGAAAAUGAAGUAUCAGACACAGAACAAGCACCAGAAAUUAAUUCAAAUGUCGAAAAUGAAGUAUCAGACACAGAACAACUAUUACCUAGCUACAACUACCCGGGCCACUAUUAAAUUAAAUAACGAAAACGCCAAUGUCUUGCGAAUGAGAGCCAAGGAAAAAUCUUGAAAAUCAAGCGAAAAAAAUGAUGGCGUGGUCGGAUAAGAAGCUAUUGCCGGUGGCAGUUCAUUCAACUGUACGUGUUCCAGUUCCUGAGGUAGAUAAAGGACGUUUGGACGCACGAAGUAUACUGGCAAUUGUUUUAGAGGUGACAAGUGAUGGUUUUUAUCGAUUAGGAACUCGGGAUGGAGUUCUGAAGCAGUUAUACGCCAGAAGUCAGUUCACAGUAUGUCAUAAAAAGCUACUACAAAUUUACGAGGUUCCAAUAGACACAGAAGUGGCGUUACGAACAGUCUCAAAGGAACAGUCGACAGGAACUGGCCAAGGAUUUUUAAAAUGUAUUUGUAAGACCAAGUGUCAAAAUAAAAAGUGCAUUUGCCUUAAAAAUAAU